ACAAUACCAAUAAUAAUAUCGAGUCAGUGUUUUAUUCAUUAUUUCGAUGAAUAGUCAAAAAAACGCGGAACAAAUAUUUUAGGCCUAAGUCUCAUCCUAAAUCAUAAACGAAAAAAGGAUAUUAUUAUUAGUGUAUCUCUAAUAUCGAUAAAGUGACUUAUUAUUAUUUCAACAUAAUUUCUAUCGAUAAAUCAGAUAGAAUCACUAUCAUUGUUUAAAACAUUGUUUCAAACCUACUGGAACGAGAAUGCCGAGUUUCGACUGAUUACACAUGCCGUGGUCGUAGCUCUUGGGAAGGAUGUUCCACGGGGGCGGAAGUGGCGGGUACGGCGCAGGCUCUGACUAUCAGCAACAGUCUCAGCAACAACAACAGCAACAUGGACAACAACUGCAAGCCCCCGUUUACGUACCUUCGUCAAGACCAGCAAUCCCUUCUGCAGCCACGGCAGCUCAAUAUCAUUCCUUCGCUGGUUCUGCAUCACCUGCGUGGGAGAAAACAGCGUCCUGGCAACAUGGCGUCGAAACAUACGCUGCUCAUCAUGCAUUGGCUGGUCACACGAGUGCUUCCAGUGCAACGAUGGGUCCACACACGGGACAUGCUCAUCCUCAUGCUGGCCACCCUCAUACGGCACACCCUCAUUCUACCCUUGCAGCGGCUGCACCAUUUUAUGCUCAGAACGUUGCGAUGAUGUCCUCAUGGCGUGCUUAUGAUGGUGCCGGAUUUCAACGUGCUUCGCCAUAUGACACGGCGAUGGACUUUCAAUUUGGCGAGGGUCGAGAAUGCGUCAAUUGCGGAGCAAUUUCCACGCCGUUAUGGCGGAGGGACGGUACCGGUCAUUAUCUUUGUAACGCAUGCGGGCUUUAUCACAAGAUGAACGGUAUGAAUCGACCGCUCAUCAAACCAUCAAAACGCCUGAUAUCUGAAUUUCAGACAGCAACGAGACGGCUAGGAUUAUGCUGCACAAAUUGUGGUACACGAACAACUACAUUGUGGAGGCGUAACAACGAUGGUGAACCGGUGUGCAAUGCAUGCGGCUUGUAUUUUAAAUUACACGGUGUUAACAGACCAUUGGCAAUGCGGAAGGAUGGAAUACAAACGCGUAAAAGAAAACCGAAAAAGACACCAGAACCAAAUGCUAGAUCGAAUACGACGGAACACGAAACUACAGCGUCUAGCACGUCAUCACCUUCGAUGGAUCCUAAAAGUAGUCAGCAGCAGCAACAACAACAACAACAACAGCAACAGCAACAACAACAACAACAGCAACAGCAUCAAAUCGAUGUGUCCAAAUCAUCGAGUUCCUCAACGCCAACUGAAAGGCCUGUAUACCUUGGGCACACGUCCCUAUUAGCAACCGGAAGUGUACCUGCCGUGAAAACGGAACCUCGAAGUUGCGACGGGAUCGUAGGCCAACCGUAUUCAUCUUAUUAUCAACAUCCACAUCAAUUAAACGUGCCAACGAGCGAACAUCAGCAACAAAGUUACUAUGGAACACAAGAGGCACCAUAUCAUCAUCAACAUCAUGUUACAGCUGCUGCUAAGCUUCUAGCAUCGUCGUAAUUUCAAUCCUUCGUAAAAGAUUUGAAAUAACCAUCGCGAUGGAUAUAUAUACGUAAAAUAAAUGAACUAUCUCUUACAUUAGAUGAUCCCGAAGGAAAUGAUAUAUAAAUCAUCGAUACGAGAAAAUUCUAUUCGUGAGUUUUUUCUUUUUCUUUUUAUUUUUUUUUUUGUCUGAAAGUGCAAUCCAAGCUAAAUAAACUGCUUUACUUAGAAGAACGUGA